AGAGCCCUUUCGCACACCUCAGGAACACCUUUCGGCUGCCCGCUCCCCAGACACACCUGCAGCCCUGCCCAGCCAGCUCUGCUCACCCACCGCUUGUAAAUGCCCCAGACAUGAGCCAGCCCAGGCCCCGCUACGUGAUAGACAGAGCUGCAUACUCCCUCACCCUCUUCGAUGAUGAGUUUGAGAAGAAGGAGCGGACAUACCCAGUGGGAGAGAAACUUCGCAAUGCCUUCAGAUGUUCCUCGGCCAAGAUCAAAAGCACCGUGUUUGGGCUCUUCCCCAUACUCUCUUGGCUCCCCAAGUACAAGAUCAAAGACUACAUCAUCCCCGACCUUCUGGGCGGCCUCAGCGGUGGAACCAUCCAGGUGCCACAAGGCAUGGCAUUCGCUCUGCUGGCCAACCUACCUGCAGUCAAUGGCCUCUACUCCUCCUUCUUCCCCCUCCUGACCUACUUCUUCCUGGGGGGUAUACACCAGAUGGUGCCAGGUACCUUUGCCGUUAUCAGCAUCCUGGUGGGUAACAUCUGUCUGCAGCUGGCACCAGAGUCAAAAUUCCGGGUCUUCAACAAUGCCACCAAUGAGAGCUACGUGGACACGGCAGCCAUGGAGGCCGAGAGGCUGCACGUGUCGGCGACACUAGCUUGCCUGACUGCCAUCAUCCAGAUGGGCCUGGGCUUCGUGCAGUUCGGCUUUGUGGCCAUCUACCUCUCCGAGUCCUUCAUCCGGGGUUUCAUGACAGCCGCUGGCCUGCAGAUCCUGAUCUCCGUGCUCAAGUACAUCUUCGGACUGACCGUCCCCUCCUACGCGGGCCCUGGGUCCAUUGUCUUCACCUUCAUCGACAUUUGCAAAAACCUCCCCCACACCAACAUCGCCUCACUCAUCUUCGCCAUCAUUAGCGGCAUCGUCCUGGUGCUGGUGAAGGAGCUUAAUGCCCGCUACAUGCACAAGAUCCGCUUCCCCAUCCCUACAGAGAUGAUUGUGGUGGUGGUGGCAACAGCUAUCUCCGGGAGCUGCAAGAUGCCCAAAAAGUAUCACAUGCAGAUCGUGGGAGAGAUCCAGCUUGGGUUCCCUACUCCCGUGUCGCCUGUGGUUUCGCAGUGGAAGGACAUGAUUGGCACAGCCUUCUCCCUGGCCAUCGUGGGCUAUGUCAUCAACCUGGCCAUGGGCCGGACCCUGGCCAACAAGCACGGCUAUGAUGUGGAUCCUAACCAGGAGAUGAUCGCCCUGGGCUGCAGCAACUUCUUCGGCUCCUUCUUUAAAAUCCAUGUCAUUUGCUGUGCUCUCUCUGUCACUCUGGCUGUGGAUGGAGCUGGAGGAAAAUCGCAGGUGUCAAGCCUGUGCGUGUCCCUGGUGGUGAUGAUCACGAUGCUGGUCCUGGGGUCCUACCUCUACCCUCUCCCCAAGUCUGUGCUAGGAGCCCUGAUUGCUGUCAACCUCAAGAACUCCCUCAAGCAACUUACCGACCCCUACUACCUGUGGAGGAAAAGCAAGCUGGACUGUUGCAUCUGGGUGGUGAGCUUCCUCUCCGCCUUCUUCCUGAGUCUGCCGUAUGGUGUGGCGGUGGGAGUCGCCUUCUCCGUCCUGGUGGUGGUCUUCCAGACCCAGUUUCGAAAUGGCUAUGCUUUGGCUCAAGUCAUGGACACUGACAUCUAUGUGAAUCCCAAGACCUAUAAUAGGGUCCAAGAAAUCCAGGGGAUUAAGAUUGUCACUUACUGCUCCCCUCUCUAUUUUGCCAACUCAGAGAUCUUCAGGCAAAAGGUCAUUGCCAAGACAGGUGUGGACCCGCAGAAAGUACUGCUGGCCAAGCAGAAAUACCUCAAGAAGCAGGAGAAGAGGAGAACGAUGCCCACGCAACAGAGGAAGUCUCUAUUUAUGAAAACCAAGACUGUCUCCCUGCAGGAGCUGCAGCAGGACUUUGAGAAUGCCUCCCCGACCGACCCCAACAACAACCAGACGCCUGCCAAUGGCGCCAGCGUGUCCUACAUCACCCUCAGCCCUGACAGCUCCACAGCUGUCCCUUGUGAGCCCCUGGCCUCCGCUGAGCCCAGGGACAUGCUGGCCAGCGUCCCACCCUUUGUCACUUUCCACACCCUCAUCCUGGACAUGAGUGGCAUCAGCUUUGUGGACCUGAUGGGAAUCAAAGCUCUGGCCAAGCUGAGCUCCACUUACAGGAAGAUUGGUGUGCAGGUCUUCUUGGUGAACAUUCAUGCCCAGGUGUACAAUGACAUUAGCCACGGAGGCGUCUUUGAAGAUGGGUGUCUAGAGCGCGAUCACGUCUUUCCCAGCAUACACGAUGCUGUCCUCUUUGCCCAGGCAAAGGCCCAGGAAGUGGCCCCAGGACAUGCUUUCCGAGGGGCUCCAGUGGACCCUGAGCUCUCUUUGUACGAUUCAGAGGAGGACGGCCCCAGCUACUGGGACUUGGAGCAGGAGAUGUUCGGAAGCAUGUUUCACACAGAGACCCUGACGGCCCUGUGAGGGCCCAGCUGGUUCGCGCGCUGCCUCCGGAGCACCCGGCACCUGGGACUCCCACAAAGCUUGAGCCCGGGACCACUGGGGGUGGAGGGGAGAGGAGAGCACCUCCAUCUGGACUCCGGUCUCUCCCCACCCUCGGCCCCGUCCUCUCUCCUGCCCCUAUUUCCCUCGUGGCAUCUCUGGAGCAAGCCAUUCCCAGCAGCAGGGAGAGCCACCUCUUCACCGUUCUGCUGACCCUCAGGGCCCCGGCCAGCAACGAGCAAGCCUCCUGCCCAGCACACCGUAUGCCCCCAUGCCCUGCCUGUGGCAGCCCAUGGGGACCCCCCCACCCCACUGCCAGCCUUUAAGAACAAGCCAAGAACAGAGAGGAAGCCAUGUGCUGAUGUGGAGUACAAGCUUCCAAGAGGUCUUGGGGCCAGCACAGCUUGGCGUCAGGGGGUGUCAAGCUGUCACAGGACACAGGGACAAACUUGCUUAGGACUCUGGGGCUUGCCCCACCAGCUGCUCCACGUCUGGCCCUGGCAGCUCUGUACUGCUUGGGACCGUGAGUUGCCACAACCCAGGAAUCUCCGUCUUGGUGACAGCGUCUCUUUCCUCCUCAUCUCAAGUCUGCUGAGACCUCCACUGUUAUUUAGCACAUCAGACCGUAGCCUGGGGGGUGGCCAACAGAGCCACCUCCCCAGGGGCAGGCCACCAAGGUAGAGGGCCCAGCCUCCUGAAACAUCAUCACUGCCCCUGCCUCCAAGGGUGGCUCCCUUCCACUUGAGACCAGGUAGGAACACAAAAGAGACAGAUGGGUGGGGGGCUGGCAGACUCCUCUGGCAACCUAGCCACAGAUACCACUUUCUGCAUAAAAGCUUUUGGGAAUCCCUCUUGGUACAGGAGACAUGGUGGGGGGAGGGGGAGGAGGUGUGCUGGUGCCAACCCAGGGCAAACUGGUUGGACCUGCAUCCUGACCAUUUCCCUGACCUCAGAAAUGCCUCCCCUCGGGAAAUCUGCCUUGUCCUCUUCACCUGGCAAAAAGCCAAUGAUUUUUAACUCUACCCUCUCAGUGUGGGGCUGGAAUCCUUCAGUCAGGCAAGGGCAGAGCCCAGCUGGGUGCAGAACACAGGGAAGAGCUGGUCCAGGUUGAGUCUCCUUCCACGGGGAUUCCUUAACAAACUCAGCGCCCGAGGCCUUCUUCUUCUGGAGUGAUGAGAAGAAGCACUAUGUUCUCCAUAUACACAAGCAAGCAGAGCAAUCCCAUGGUUGACUUGAAAAUAAAUGGGUUGCACGUGCAAGUGUUUGGAAGAUUUUCCAUAGACAUGCACUGAAACCCUUUUGGCCUCUCCCCACUGCUUCUCCCAAACUCCUCCAAUUUAAUGAUACCCACCCAACAGGUUGGGCUGGCCCAGCCUGCAGAAAUGUCCAAAUUCCACACUUCAGUUUGACCGGCCUUGUAUGUCUGUGUGUUGAGUGAGCUGGUCAGCUAGCAAGUCUUCUUAGAGUUAAAGGAGAACCCUGAUGAAGAGCCAACGGAUUCUUGGCCUACAAGCAUUGCUUCUCUGUGAAUUCAUUAUUCCAUCUGGCUGACCAUGGAACUCAAAACUUGGAAGGCAAGAGACCAUGUUAUCUGGGGUUCACCGUGCCCAGCACCCGAAGUGCCAAAUGUCGAGAGGACAAGAACUUUAGCCAAUGAAAACACACCCUCCCCAGCUCCAUCUCCUGCAAACUCCAGCUCAGGUCCAAGAGGUGGGGAAAGGUCACAGGGCCUCGGGACAUCCUAAACCAGAGGUGCCCUUUGAACCGAGUGUCUAGAACACUGGAGGACUUGAUGAAGUGAUCAUUAACCCCCAGGCCAGCCCCAGAGCUCAAGGGGACUGCUGAUUCACAGUGGCCUGGCGCUGGGGCUCAAGGAGGGGUCCUGCAAUAUGUCCAAAGAUACAAGUACUCACGGAGCCCUCGGUGGACAUAAGAUGAGCAACAGCUGGAGUGGAGGGAGACCUUGAAGAAAACUUCACUGUGGGAAUACUUUGAAAAGAACACAGAUUCACACACACCCCUCACUGGAUGUGACCGGGGCAGGAAAGGAGGGCAAGGCAAGGUCAUAAAAUAAUCCAGAAUUUCAAUACUUUUGAAUGUUCUUAGUGAUACUGACCUGUGAUAAUGUGGUUCUCGGGGAAGACCGGGACUCUUGAGAUAUUUGUGUAAUUUAUUUAACUUAAACACCAUUCUCCUUUUGUUCAUUUUGCUAAUAAAGUGAUUUUUGAAAUGGA